AUGCUGCGGUCUGCGGGCUGGUCUAUUGAAGAGACCAUGCGAUUCGCUCGCGGCGGUCUCUUUCUUUCCCUUAUCAAUCUAGCAAAAGGCACCGUCGACACAGGUCAUUGUGAAGAGAACCCGUCACCACUGGCAGCUCCCGACCAUUUGAAUUGGGUCUUCAUGUUGGCAACGAGGCUGAAUGGCGAAAAUAGCAUCUUCAUUCAGCUCACACGCUCAAAGCAAGAGGAAAUAUACACUCCAGCCCUAUCCUACCAUGACGCCUCACAACCUCAGAACGAACGCGUUCUACGCUACAAGCUGAUAGGGGCGGCCGAAGGAUGCUCCUUGGCCACAGUGCUACGAAUGAUCGAAAAAGUCCAGAUACCAUCAGGAGAAUGGUGCAGCUGUCGCUUAUGGAUACAUGACUGUGUACGAUUAUUACGUCGGAGUACUGUCGCGACCUGUUCCGACAUGGAAGAAUUCGAGGAGGAGAUGACCGAGAAAGCAUCAAUCGUGCUCGAUGACAAGGAGAACGGCUGUCUUCGAUAUGGAAUGAUUUCAUGGUUAGACUGCUGUGAACUUGCCGGGACAUACUAG